UAAAGCUCAGCCCCCUUCCCUAACUAAAACCCAUUCUACUUUGCAUAAAUUUCUGACUCAAUCUUUUCACAAAAAAAUAAAUAUAUAUAUAUCAUUUUGAUCAUCCUAACAAGGACAGAAACAUGAAGAACAAUAUUGGCAAUAACACAAAACUCAUACUCUUACAUCCUUAUAUCCAGAAACAAGGAACCUCGUAUCGUUUAUGGGUUCUUGCAUUUAUUUCAUUCCUCACUAUUGCAUUCCUCCUUACUCUUAUUUACACUAGAGAAUCCUUCACCACAUCCUCUGUCGCCGCGGUCUCUUCCAUAACUGCUUCAACUAAUCCUCCAUUGUCAAAAGCAGUUGUAAGGGCUCUUACACAUUAUGCAUCAAAUUCCAACAACACUGAACGUAUGUCGUAUACAGAUAUCAAACAAAUUGCUGAUGUUCUCCGACAAUGUCAACAACCUUGUAAUCUCCUUGUUUUCGGCCUUACACACGAGACACUUCUAUGGAAAGCGUUGAAUCACAAUGGGAGAACAGUUUUCAUAGACGAAAAUAGAUAUUACGCUGCUUACAUUGAGGAGAAAUACCCUGAAAUUGAAGCUUACGACGUGCAGUAUACAACAAAAUUGAGCGAAAUGAAAGAGUUGAUUGGAGCAGUGAAGGAACAAAUACGGAACGAGUGUAAGCCGGUGCAGAAUUUGUUGUUUUCGGAGUGUAAACUGGGGAUAAAUGAUCUUCCUAACCAAUUCUAUGAGGUGAAUUGGGAUGUUAUUUUGGUUGAUGGACCAAGAGGGUACUGGCCAGAGGCACCCGGUAGAAUGUCAGCUAUUUUUACGGCUGGAGUACUGGCACGGAGCAAGAAGUUUGGCAAUCCGAAAACACAUGUUUUUGUGCAUGAUUUUAAUCAAAAAGUGGAUAGAAUUACAAGUGAAGAGUUCUUAUGUAAAGAGAAUUUGGUGAAUAAUUCGAAGGAUAUGUUGGGACAUUUCGUUAUAGGAAGAAUGGAUCCCAACAGCUAUACGUUCUGUCGUCGCAACCAUAUAUAAUUUGGUACCAGUAGCAACUUCUUCUUGGUCCCAACAUCAAUGUAUUAAUUGUGUCAUAACGUGAUUUUCAUAAUUUAAAGAUGUGUGGAAUUUUGAAUUUAUUAUGCUAGAGGAAAGGAGGGAGGGUCCAGGUACAAAAAUUAAAUAACUCUCUUUCUAUUUUUCUUUCUGGCUUUGCUUAAUGAAUUCUCCUGCAACUACUUCUGUCAAAGUCUAUGCACAUUUACUGCAGCUAGUUGUAUACAGAACUAUUUUUUUUUUAUCGAAUGGAUUUUAUGAA